CCCAAUCUCUUUCCUCCUCUCUCCUGCGCUCAGUUCCCCAGGUCCAUCGCUCAGCUCCUCUCCUCUUUUCCUUUCCUUCCCUGUCUUCCUUCUCCCCUAGUCCCUGGCGCCCACAGCUGGGGACUAUCCCCCUGUGGUGCCUGCCUACCCCUCCCCAACCCUUGCUCCCCACCCCUGAGCCCCGGGAAGAUGCGGCUGUUCCCUGGAUGGCUGGCCCUGCUCCUCAGUCCCUGGUUCCUGCGGAAGGCGUCCAGUGCACAACUCCCGGUGUCCCGGACCCCGCGUUACCUGGAGCUGCGCCCUGCUGGGGCUGGAGCGAGCUCCCCAGGCCGCCUUUUUCCUGCCCCGCGUUCCUCUGAAGGCUAUGGCGCAGCCGACACCUGGAACUGGGCCUGGCCAACUAACUACACCGAAGCUGGGGCUGGGGCUGGGGCUGGGGGACCUGGAGGGGCUGGGGCCGGCUUAGCACCCCCAGUACAACGCACUAAGAGGAAGCCUUCGGUCAAAGCAGCCAGGGCGAAGAAGAUCUUCGGCUGGGGGGACUUCUAUUUCCGGGUGCAUACCCUUAAGUUCUCUCUGCUGGUGACUGGCAAGAUCGUGGACCACGUCAACGGCACUUUCAGCGUUUACUUCCGGCACAAUUCCUCCAGCCUGGGCAACCUAAGCGUCAGUAUAGUGCCUCCGUCAAAGCUUGUAGAGUUUGGGGGUGUUCUGCUUACUGGGCCGUCGCCUCACCCUCUACAAUCCACUCUGGCCCUGGAGGGAGCCGCCCUACCUGGGCUAGGUUCUCCCCUGGGGGUGCCUUCGGGGGGAUCACUAGGGAUGGCUUCGGGGGGAACUCUGGGAGGUGCCCUAGGGGGCGCGCUCGCAGGUCCCCUUGGAGGAGCACUGGGGGUCCCCGGGGCCAAAGAGUCUCGGGCCUUCAAUUGCCACGUGGAGUAUGAGAAGACAAAUCGAGCUCGGAAGCACCGCCCUUGUCUGUACGACCCGUCGCAGGUGUGUUUCACAGAGCACACUCAGAGCCAGGCCGCGUGGCUCUGCGCCAAGCCCUUCAAAGUCAUCUGCAUCUUCGUCUCCUUCCUCAGCUUUGACUACAAACUGGUGCAGAAGGUGUGUCCGGACUACAACUUCCAGAGCGAGCACCCCUACUUCGGAUAAUGAUUCCCUCUAUUCCCCAUCUACUGCCUUUCGCUUCCUUCAAACCUAAUCCUCCCAUAAAUGAGGGUGUCAGCCCCUUAUCCCAAAUAUCUCCCAUAAUACCACAUUUCCUCUGCCCCGGGAUCUCAUCAGAUGAGGACAACAGCAGAGCAGAGACAGGGAGGCCUGGGUGCAAUCUGGGCAAGGAUGAGGGAAGGGGGGUUUUCAUUUUGGGAGAAGGGCAAUGGGGAGUCCCAUGUGAAGGACACUACUGUCCUCUCCCAUCUCUCCUUCCCUAUAUAUUACCUCUCCUUUUCUUCACCCUCUUAAAAUUUUUCCCUUCCACCUUGGAAAAGUGUUGCUGCCCAGCAUUCCAGGAACCCUACCUUGGCUCUGUCCUCUCCCAGUCCAUCUCCCUUCCCAGAAGUCCCUGAGCCCCUCUUCCUAACUACCUUCAAAUUCCCAAGGGGGAGGGGAGAAGAAAAGGGGUGGUAGUUCAAUGAGGGUUUCUAUUCCCUCUGCCCUAGGCUUUAAAGCCUCCAAAGCACCCACUUUGGUCAACAACCUCUCCCCCAACAACUUCUGACCUAGCUCCCUGUAAUUCCAGCCCUCCACCCCAAGAUGUUUAUACUCCAGUUCUCUUCUAGUAUUACCUGGCCACCUAUAAUACCUGGCCUACCCUUGUAAUGUCUAGCCCCCACCUUUAUUCUGCCCAAUCCCUUAUUAUAUCCAUUCCCCUCUCUGUGACCACCCAAGACCCCAGCUGGGGCAGGAGAAAAAUUAGAGCUGGAAGGAUAGGGGAGCUGCUAGGCCCGGGGUCCUACUCUGCCCCCUGCUGACCUUCCUUAAUGGGCAGGGGUGUCCAGCCCUAUCUUGCCUCUCCCUCCUGCUGCUUCUUAUUUUUCUAUGCCCCCCCCAGUCAGAUGAAAAGGGAAGAAAAUAAAGUCAAAUCCAAUAUGAA